GGGUGGGGACCUGUGGGCGGCUGCCGCGUCUCCUACUGCUGCCCUCCCUCCGCCACGAUGCCGGGGAUCGACAAGCUGCCCAUCGAGGAGACGCUGGAGGACAGCCCGCAGACAAGGUCUUUACUGGGUGUAUUUGAAGAAGAUGCUACAGCUAUUUCCAACUAUAUGAACCAGUUGUAUCAAGCUAUGCAUCGGAUUUAUGAUGCACAGAAUGAGUUAAGUGCAGCAACACACCUGACUUCAAAACUUUUAAAAGAAUAUGAAAAACAGCGUUUUCCAUUGGGGGGUGAUGAUGAAGUUAUGAGCUCUACUUUGCAACAGUUUUCAAAAGUUAUAGAUGAGCUUAGCUCUUGCCAUGCAGUACUCUCGACACAGCUUGCUGAUGCCAUGAUGUUCCCCAUUACCCAGUUUAAAGAAAGAGAUCUGAAAGAAAUAUUGACAUUAAAGGAAGUGUUUCAGAUUGCAAGUAAUGAUCACGAUGCUGCAAUUAACAGAUAUAGCCGAUUGUCAAAAAAAAGAGAAAAUGACAAGGUGAAGUAUGAAGUAACAGAAGAUGUCUACACUUCCAGAAAAAAACAACACCAAACCAUGAUGCAUUAUUUUUGUGCAUUAAAUACUCUUCAGUACAAGAAGAAAAUAGCAUUGUUAGAACCUCUACUUGGGUACAUGCAAGCUCAGAUAAGUUUCUUUAAGAUGGGUUCUGAAAACCUCAAUGAACAACUGGAAGAAUUCUUAACUAAUAUUGGAACAAGUGUACAAAAUGUUCGCAGGGAAAUGGACAGUGAUGUAGAGACCAUGCAGCAGACAAUAGAGGAUUUGGAAGUAGCCAGUGACCCUUUAUAUGUGCCUGACCCAGAUCCAAUGAAAUUUCCUGUUAAUCGAAAUUUAACCCGAAAGGCUGGAUACCUUAAUGCGAGGAAUAAAACAGGUUUGGUGUCAUCUACCUGGGACAGACAGUUUUACUUCACUCAGGGUGGAAAUCUAAUGAGUCAGGCCCGUGGGGAUGUAGCAGGAGGCUUGGCCAUGGACAUAGACAACUGUUCAGUAAUGGCUGUGGACUGUGAAGACAGGCGGUACUGUUUUCAGAUCACCUCUUUUGAUGGAAAAAAAUCUUCAAUUUUGCAAGCAGAGAGUAAAAAAGACCAUGAAGAGUGGAUCUGUACGAUAAACAACAUAUCUAAACAAAUAUAUUUAAGUGAAAAUCCAGAGGAAAUUGCUGCCCGAGUAAAUCAGUCAGCUUUGGAAGCUGUCACUCCUUCCCCAUCUUUCCAGCAGAGGCACGAGAGUCUGCGGCCAGCAGGACAAUCUCGACCAUCAACAGCUCGAACCAGCAGUUCAGGAUCUUUAGGAUCUGAAUCCACAAAUUUGGCUGCCCUCUCUCUGGAUUCUCUUGUUGCCCCAGACACCCCAAUACAGUUUGACAUCAUUUCUCCUGUGUGUGAAGAUCAGUCUGGGCAGGCAAAAGCUCCUGGCCAGGGAGGCAGGCGGACAAAUCCAUUUGGAGAAUCUGGAGGAGGUACAAAAUCUGAAACUGAAGAUUCUAUUCUUCAUCAGUUAUUUAUUGUCCGAUUCCUUGGUUCUAUGGAGGUGAAAUCAGAUGACAGUCCAGAUGUUGUUUAUGAAACAAUGCGCCAAAUCUUAGCUGCCCGGGCCAUCCAUAACAUCUUUCGUAUGACAGAAUCACAUUUGUUAGUCACUUGCGAUUGUUUGAAGUUAAUUGAUCCACAGACACAAGUUACAAGGCUCAUGUUUCCAUUACCUAGUGUAGUUUUGUAUGCUACACACCAGGAAAAUAAGAGGCUUUUUGGAUUUGUUCUUCGGACAUCCGGAGGGAGAAGUGAAAGUAAUCUAUCAUCAAUCUGCUAUAUAUUUGAAUCAAACAAUGAGGGGGAAAAGAUUUGUGAUUCUGUUGGACUGGCAAAACAGAUAGCUUUGCAUGCGGAACUGGAUCGUAGGGCAUCAGAAAAACAAAAAGAAAUAGAGAGAGUAAAAGAGAAGCAACAGAAAGAACUCAGUAAACAAAAACAAAUUGAAAAGGACUUAGAAGAACAAAGUCGGUUGAUAGCUGCUUCCAGUAGACCAAACCAAGCCAGUAGUGAGGGGCAGUUUGUUGUCCUUAGCAGUAGCCAGUCAGAAGAGAGUGAUUUGGGAGAAGAAGGAAAGAAGAGAGAGUCAGAAGCGUAAACUUGUCCUUGCUUUUGGUUGACAAUUACCCCCUUCAAAUUUAUUGACAAUUUCUGUGGUGAAAUGGCACAAGGUAACAACUAUGUUGAAAUAUCAAGGAGGAGACUAAAGUUUAUAUCUGCUUGUUAGUUUUAACUUCAUUUUAAAAAAUAACAUUGACCUUGAUGACAGGUUUGCAUUGAUUUCUUUUCCUUAAAAAUAAUAACCUAUGCAGUAACAUCAAAUUCUGUAUAUCUAAAAGAAACCUGUUCAUCUCCCGAAAGUAGAUUGCCAAGGAAUUAUACUUGCUCAAGCCUUUUUUCCUUCAGAUUGUGAUAUACAUCAUCUUGCAUUGUAAUUGGCUAUGACCUUAAGAAAUCAUUUCUUCUUUAGCUUCAGAUAUUCAUGGUUAUGCUCCCUCUCUCUCAUUAAGAACAUUUUCUUGGUAGUGAGGAAGCUUUUGACUGAAUAGGUUCAAAACCCUUUAUACAGAAAAUUCUACAAGUUUGCAAAUAUUUUAACAAUAUUAAAUGUGCAAUAGAAUUUUUAUAAAAUAAUUAGAAAAGAGAUUUUAGACUUAAGGUUUUAAAUUGUGGCAGGUGGCACUGUGGAUUUCAGGGCACUUUUUCUUGGAUCGCUCACAUUUCUCUGAUGUUCUUCACCUGAUGCCAUUGGGAAAGAAGCUUGUAUCUUUAGUUCAGUUAUUGAUACAGCUCUGGGCAUUUUAUUAUCACAUUCUUAGUUCUCAGGUUGGAACUUGAAUUAUUGCUGCAGAGCAGUAAUUGUUAAGAUUCUGGAAUUUAUUAAAAGGGAUUUUUUGUUGAUUAAGUACAUUUUAGAUUAGGAUUUAACAUGUAAAGAUGUUGUUACAGGAUAAUACAUUGUAUUUUCUGCAUUGAGCAAGAUAAUUUUUAUUGAAAAUCAAGUGACAUUUCAAAAGAAGGUCUAUAAUAAUUGUUUCCUGCUUAAAGUAAAAAUUCCCAGAGAUUAGUUUAGAAAAUGUCUUUUAAAUUUCAGACUGAUACCCAUAGUAUUUUCAUAAUCCCAUGUUUUGAUAAAAUACUGACACCACUUUAUAUCCACAAAGGUAAAUAACUAAUAUACAAGAAUAGAAUAAUUUGCACUAAUUAUUGUAAAUACUUGUACUCUUCCGAUGAGUGAAAUGUCUAGUUCCAUAAAAGACUUAAAAGGAAUUGAAUGCUAGGAAUAGGAGAGUUGACAAAGGAAGGGCUUAGAGUGUGGUGUCAAGGUUAAAAUGACAUUUCUCUACUGCCUACUUCUGUGUCAACACUUGAUUUUUUGUCUUUACUCAGAUUUUUAAUGUUGCUGAUAGAAAUUAUGUUCCUGUGUUUCACAUGUAAAAGCAUAUAUAGACAAGUUAAGUAUAUUGAAUAAACUAUUUUACAGUUAUACAUUUGAAAUUUUCAAGAGAUUAGCCACUAAGACUAAUUUUACAAGGGAAAAGCCUUUCUUUUUAAAUAUAUACAUCUUUUUCUUCUUAGUUUUGAGUUAGGAAUGGCAUUUUUUAGUUCUCACAAUAUAGUACACUGUUUUCUGUAGGAAUGGGAUAGGUAAUUAUAUAUAGGGUCAGGAUACUCUUUUAUCCAUGUGCCAAACGGGAAUAAUGAUUACAUGACAAUCAUUAUUUUGAAGCCUUAGGUUACCAAAACACUUAGUAAAAAUGUAGAGGUUUAUGGGAUACUUUCUGGAAAAAAAGCUCAUUUUGUGCUUGCUUACAGGGGAUGCUUUCACAACAGCUUGUGUCAUUCCUCUUGUAGAAGUUGAAAUUUCUUCUGUAGUCAGUACUUGAUUAGUCUUGCAAGUCAUGCUUUUGGGACCUUUUAGACAAUUAAUAAGCUUUCUGUUUCAUUAAGUCUUUUGUUUAUAUUAUUAAGUUGCCAACUCACUCAACUCAGAUGAAAUUUGUCACCCUACAAGAGAACUGGUCAGCAUUAGAAGGCAGUUUUACUAAGCUGGUGCUUUGCAGGUAGUGAACUGCCUCCCUUUGUUAGCACUCUGGGUCAAAGUGUUGGGUAGUGUUAAGGGUGCUGGAAGGUGUCGGGGUGCUGGACAGACUUACAGUUCCUUUAAGUCAUGUUUUGAUAGGAUUUCCACAAUACACACAUGUCCAUAGGUCAGACAAAUGCACAUUCCAACACCAAACAGAAGUCAUGUGUGAGUUUAAUAAUUUUUAGAUGGUUCACCUUCUGUUCCAUUACUAUAGUACUAUAUGAACUGUUCAAUUACUGCAAAUAUUGAAGCAUCAACUUUAAUAAACUUUUUUGAUUAAAGAA